GGAAGUCGGGAAUGAUGAAAUUUUUUGAACAAAAUGUUUUUGCGAGUGUGGCUGCUGACCCAAUAGAAAUUGAAGGGAUGUCGGUGGCAGCUGCAGGUGAUAUGAGAAAUGAAAAUGCAACUCUGUCAGUCAGGCAAUGAGUGAGAUGAGCAUAACAUAUCUGAAUGACAUACGCCCAAAUCAAUAUGUGGGCAGAAUUAGAAUUCGUGUUGCAAGAGCAUGGAGGCCAAAAAAGUUUAAAAGCGAAUUCUUUGAUGGAUUACACUAUCUUCUGAUCGAUGAAAGAGCUGACACCAUGCAUGCUAUUGUUGCUGAGAAUGACUAUGAGUACACAACCAAACUGGAAGAAGGCUGCAUGUAUGACAUUUAUCAUGUCUUCACCAAGAAACAUGUCUUUGGAUACAAAGUGGUGGAUCGUAAUCUACAAUUGACUUUCAAUCAACCCACGAAGUCUAUCCCACUAAAACAAGACACAUGCUUAAUUCCAAGAUAUGCAUUCCAAUUCUUACAGUUUGAGCAAGUUGAAGAUCGCUUCAAAGAACACGCAGAAAAAGACAAACAAAAGAAAGAACAAAUCGUGCUCAUAGGCAAGUUAUCAAACAAAAGUUCAAUUUUUAACUAAUAUAUGCUGCCUUCUUAAUAGAGUGAAUCAUGUUGACGACAUAUGCUUCUUCUAUAAUGCAGGAUAUUUAUGGCUGCAUUAAAGAUGUUCAAUCAGAACGCAAGCGAUAUAUACCAUCAACAGAUGAACAUGAAUCCAUUUGUGUGGUUACUCUUGAAAAUCUUAGGAGACAAUGCGUAAUAGUCACACUUUGGGGACACCAUGCAAGAAGUUUUGACUUGAAAGUUCUUGAGGACCCAACAACAUCAGUGUUUGUCGCAUUUACAAGUUUGAAUCUAAAAAAGUUCCGAGAUUACAUAACACCAACAAGCACAAAUCACACAUGCAUUAUCUAUAACCCACAAUUGCCAGAUUCUGCAGAAUAUGAGGCAGAGUUUAACAAACCAGGAGACAAACCAAUAAUCAGUGCACCAUACAAGCAGAGGAAAAAAGAUGAAACAUGGAAGACAAUUUUUGAUCUAUAUACACGGGACCCAGAAGCCUAUAAGUUGUAUGUUGUGCAACGAUCAUCAGAUUCUCAACUCACAGUGGGUGGUGGUACAAUAGUUGCUCAUAACCAAAUUGUAACAAGCAGCUAAAGCAACAUGGAGAUGAUGGCACCUACGAAUGUCAGAAACAUAACGUUGUAAAAGGAGCUUUGCCAUGGUGAGGCAUCUUUAUGAAAACAUAUAACUACCUCACGUAUUUUUCAUAUUUUGUUAAAAAUGAUAUUUUUGAAAAUUUCAAAAUUUUAGCCAACCAUAACAUUUUUUUAUAAUCCUUUAGGCUUUCACAUGUUAGGGCUGAAUUGAAGAACUCUAUUAUCAUGUGAAUUGAUUACUUUUGUUACACAAACAGUUAUAGAGUUUAUCUAACUAUAGAAGAUGACAAGGAGGAUCAAAUCACCCUAACACUAAUGUGACAAUAGGCAGAACAGCUCUUUGGCUACACAUGUUCAGAAUUGCUAGAAAAAAAAAACUAUGCGGGUAAUCAUGAUCUACCGGAAGAAAUAGCCGCCAAAAGAGGCAACAAGUACCUGUUUGAUCUUCAAGUUAAGCUCGACCGUGAAAUCACUGUAAAGGGCAUACAACCAAACCCAGACAACGAUGAACCAAUAUCAGCCACACCUCAAAAAACGUAUGAGAAAAAAGGGCAGCUAAUCUCAUAGGCAAAUCAAUGGAUGCACCAGAGAAAGACAAGAAGACCAAAAGGCAAGGCAAAGAGGCAACCCCAUCUCUUACAGAGAAGAAACAAAGUGAAAAAGAUAAGAGAGAAUGAACUAGGCUGAAAGCAUUUUCUAUCUAUAUCUAUAGCUUUUAUGUCGGUACAGCAGUAGUUGUGCUUUUGUAUCACAGCAGCAAACAAAAGCAAUGGAUAAAUUGGUGCAAAAGAGGUUGGGGCAAUAUCCUUUUUGAACAAACCCCAAACUAAACUCCACAUCCAUUCAAGUUCACCACUGAUGCAGUAAGAGGAAAACCUAGAGUUCAGCAUUUUUUUUGUUAUCUAAAUGCUGUCCCAGUUUUUGGAUGGAAACAAACAGUUGUACUGCAACCAAAACCAGUUUCCUGUAAAAACUAUUGUAUAUUAAGUAAUCUAACUCAGAUUGUUAGAUUAGGCUCCUCUAUUUUGGGUCAGUUGUACUAGAGACAAAUAGUUCUACUACACAACCAAAA